UUUUUUUACCACUAAAGAAACGAGCGGUUCAAUAUAUAUUAAACGAAUAAAUUAAAUUGACUAUUCAAAUCGCCAAGACAGCUCUCACUUGUUUAUAAGCAUGUACAUUAUGGUUUGUCCCACCUUCUAGUCGCUCAUAAUACACAUACUUACUAGUUAAAUAAAAAGUGAUGAGCAAAUCUAAAACAAAUUUAAAGCAUAUAUCUGUGUGAAUAUAUAUUUGUACAUACAAAGGGUUUUCACCAAAGUUACGCUGCUGCUCCUCUCAGCCGUAUAUUCAGUUGUCUUGAGACCAUAUAAAGUCGUCAAUUUUUACCAAAUAUUUGCCAAAAGUAGGCCGCAGUAUUUAUAAUUCGUGAUACGGCGUGCAAACGAUAUACUCAGGCCAUCGCGGGCAACAGGCUGUGUAUGGCUGCAAGAUUCUCUAUCAAUAUUCUGUAAAGAUUAUUCGCUAAGCUUGCCACGACUGAAGGUGAAUGUUUGGUAAAUAAUUUCGAAAAUUUAUGAACGGUGUGUGUGCGUACAUAUGCUAUUCCUUAUUAUACGCUUCUGUUCAAUUUAGUGAUGAGUGCGUGUAGGGAUGCACCGGCCCGGGGGCCAGUGGUUUGAUAGCGUUGAUGUACAUGCAAGCAUUUAGUUUUUAUCUUAUCAUUACAGCAUUUUUUUUUUUUUUAAAUACACAAACACAAAUGCAUUAUAGUUGAAAUGUUCAUAUAUAACCUUCGUAAAAAUAGGGUUGACUUGAGGAAUAUACUAUGUUUAUUUGGGGAAGUGUGCGUGAGCUCGCACUAACUUGACAACUUGAAAACAGCAACAACACGUUCUCUUCAUUCUGCCUUCCUCCAGUAGCCUUUAAUAAAGUUUUUAUUAAAGCAAUUUCGACAUUAUCUCGUAGCUAAAAAAAUUUUAUACAAAAAAUCAAUUUUUUUCUAUAACCGAAUAAUAGUGCGAUGUGCAUUCAAAAAAUAUACCGAAUAAAUUGCGUUGUGCGUCUCUACUUGCUAGUCAAUUUAACCUCUGUGCUUUGGGAAGAUAGAAUGUUUUAAAGGAAAACAAGAACACCUAUUGAGGAAUAACAAGCAGAUUACGUUUUUGCAAAAUUACGUAAAAGAGAGUUUUUUGCAUAAAAAAGUAGAUAAGAAAAAAUAAAAAAAAAAAAAAAAAACAAAGAAAAGACAACAAAGGCGUGAUCAUAACCACCGGCCUGCAAAUCGUCAGUAAAAAAAUUGGCUUUACAUUGCUUUCUUACCUGAACAUAAUAUAUAUAUAUAUAUAUAUAUAUAUUCAUAAACUAACAAAGAGAAAAAAAAAUAAAAAUAAUAAUGAAACUAUGAAACAGUAAACCAAUCGAUGAUAACACGCGCAACUGUGAGAAAAUCGGAGAUUCAUCUGUUUUAAAGCUGUUAUGUCUUCAUUAAAAGAAAAAUUCAAAUUGUGGCGCGGGAAAUCCAGCUUGAACUUGAGAGAGUCGAAAAGUGAAAAUAAAGAACAGAAUAAUCGAUUGUCAUUGAAUGCCGAUAAUAAAUAUACUCCCGAUCAGUAUAACAUUGUAAGUAAUGCUGCGAAGCAUAUAAAAAAUGACAGUCCAACACGCAUUGACGAGGCAAUCAGCGAUAAAGAAAAGCGUGAUGUAGGUAAGGAAAUAAAUAGACUUAAAAAUGAUCAGACCGAGGCAGUGCAUCAAUGUAUCAGCGAAUUAGUAGCAUGCAUUGGAAGUGGCGAUGAGCGUAAAUUGAAUGACACUACCGGUAAUGAUAGUACUAAAUCUCUUAAAUCUUCAACCUCACACUUUGUUACGGUUAUUGAGGUUAAGGAAAGCAAAAUAAAUACCGAUAAGGAUGGCGGGACAAAUGCUUUUGAAUACUCGGAUAUUAGUGGCGGAAACACCGUGGUAGCCUCGUCUUCGUCAACCUUCAGCAGUUUUGAUAAAAAGUCCACAGCAGUUGCACCGCCGCCAUUAUCACCAUCACUAGCAAUGUCAAGUUCUUCUCAUGUAAACUUAAUGGAAACCAAAAAGAAAAUGCCACCUAGACCACCACCGAAGAAUAUACGAAGAGUUGAACCUCCCACCAUUCCCGGUUCUGCGUUGUCAUGUUCCCCAAAAUGUGAUGCACCCAUUACAGCUAGCGCUGAUACCACUUACUCAUCUUCAGAAAGUCCUUCCAAUACAUUAGAUUAUAAUAUAAAACCUUCAGAUAUAUUGCGACAUAAGUCAUCUGAAUCUUUGGAGGGUAAAAGUUUUUCAACUAAUCGUAAAACUACACCAGAGUUAAAUCGUUUCAUCAGCAACACGGAAUUUUUGGAAGAGCUCGGUCAGAAGAUCAGCAAAGCUGAGACGUUAGACAAAUCAAAACGAACUGAAAUGAAUUACACACAGAGCCCAACUGCAAGCCUUAAUCGAACUGCUGCAGUGAUGACGUCUGCCACAACAACCAAUAUUUCAAACCGUUCUAUUACUCACGGCAGAAGUAGUGUAAGCUCAAUGACCGGCGCUUCUCCGACCAGCAGUUUGACUAAGAGUGUCAAGCUAAGUACAAUCGACAGUUCUUCCACGGGUAGUUUGGAUAAGAAAACGCGACAUUCCUUAAGGCCUGUUGAAGCCGAUGUCUUGGGCGAUAGUGGACAGAAUGUUGGUUCUAAGGAAUCUUUAGCUUCGCAGGGUAUUUCCGAAAUUAUAAAAAGUUACGAAUCUGUUUCUUCCCUAAGUUCAGACAGUGUCAGACUGCAACAACAUGCAGAUAGUGAAAAUGAUCACUUAUAUGAUACGGUACCUCUGGACAAUGCGGACGAUGAAUAUGUGUACAUAAAACCGGGUCAUACUGGUUCAUCUUCUAGUCGCGAUGAUCUAUCAACUCCGGGCAAUUUAAGUUCUAAAGCUCAUUUGAAUAGUCAAGCUAGCUUUACAGAUCCAGAAUCGCCCGGCCGUGGUUCGAAUUAUGUAAACAUUGAUUACUUUCUGCAGCAAAGCAAUGAAACACGUUCAAGUUCGGUAGACAGUGAUGGUGAAUAUGAUGUUGGAUUGCCAAUUAUGCGUACCAUAUCACAUGACGAUCAUAGCUCUCAAACUCCAAGCGCAAUAAGAAAGAACUUAGUUUCCGCAAUACUUGUUUCGGGCAGUCAACGAGGGGCUAAAAUACGUUCAAUUUUGAAUACGAUGAUUCAAAGUGAGACAAUUUAUGUAUCCUGUUUAAACACAAUGAUACAAUAUAAAAAAGCGAUUCAUGCUACAUUAGGUACUUCUCAGCCUGUUAUCAAGGAGGAAGAGGAGAACACAAUAUUUUUCAAAAUCGAUGAACUGCACGAGGCUCAUACCGGCUUUCUGAGUAAUCUAAAGUCUUUAGUGGCGCACGAAGGUGGCGAUGUGCUCAUAGGCGAAACAUUUAUGCGUCUGGCCGAAAUGUUUGAUUUGUACAGUGCGUUUCUGCAUAACUACAAUCAAGCUAUCGAAACUGUAAAAAAAUGUAGUGCCAAUAACCCGCAAUUCAAAAAGAUUGUCUCUACAAUCGUUUUGAAUUUGCAGACUGAGCAAUCGCUCACUCUCGAAGAUUUACUGCAUAAGCCGGUCGCUAGAGUGCAAAUAAACGCCUUAGUGUUUAAUGACCUUUUAGGAUGCACGCCAUCCAAUCAUCCUGAUCAUCAUCAUCUGAAACAAGCUCACGAUACUAUACAUAGUUUUUUAAAGCAAUUCAAUGUAGUAAACCAGAGACUGCCAUCCGAUUCUAAUAAAAACUUGCGACGCAUGGUCAAAAACUCAUUCAUAGUUGAACUUGUUGAUGGUCAUCGAAAAUUGCGUCAUCUUUUUUUGUUUAACGAUGUAAUUGCAUGUGCCAAGUAUAAGGCUUCCGGAAGGGAUCGCAUUGAUUACGAUCUCAAAUGGUUUAUACCGGUAAAGGAUAUUGCCGUUUUCGAAGAGUCUGAUUCGGGUGCCGAACAUAAAGAAUCUAGUCCAGCCAAUAUAUUACAUUUAAAGACCCAAGCAUGCACAGUACGCGAUCAAUUGUUAAUGGAGGAGCGGGAUGAGAAGGCCCGUAAAGCCAAUGGAUUGAAAGCCGGCGAUAAGUAUCGUCGCAAAUUGGCGGAUCUGGAAUCGCAAUUAGUGUUGGCGUCGCCAAAUCUUCUUUUCCGUAUAGGCAAUAAAUCUACAAAUAAAACUAUAACAUUCUUUUUAAGUUCCGACUUUGAGCGUUCGCAAUGGAUAGAAUCCAUUCUGAGUUUACAACAAACUUGUAAUAUGCCAAUAUCUAGUGCUAUUAAUGCUUUGGAAAUUCAUGAAUUCAUAGUGGCCAUGCAAAAAAGUAUGAAAACAGAAAUGGGUUCGUAUUUGAUGCGCAACACCAAUGACGAGAGCCUCCUGGUCGGCGAUUUGCACAUGACUGUACAUGGACUGACGGGAUUGGAACAACCCGCUGAUUUGUACAUUUGCUUGGAAGUCGAUUCUUACGGACAUUACUUUCGCAAAGCAACCACCAAAAUGGUGUGCCGCACUACGAAUCCAAUAUGGAAUGAAAGUUUUGUUGUUGAAUUGGAAGGUAGUCAAAAUGUACGCAUACUCCUAUAUGAGCUUCAGGAAAGGACUGUAAUAAAAGCUAAACAUGUUUUAAAAUUAAGUCGGAGUUGGCUACAGGAAACGCCACAAGUGCGUACGCUUAAACUAGGCGACAGUCUGACACUGAAUAUCACGUUGCGUUUUGUACCUGGUGAAGUGACGCUCAGGCGUGUACCAACUUCGAAGCCUGGAGCUUUAUUUGGCGCCAAAAUGCAGCAAGUGUUAAAGCGUGAGAAGCGUGACAUUCCUUUCAUUAUCAGUGCCUGUAUACGAGAAGUAGAACGUCGUGGUAUGUCCGAAGUUGGUAUUUAUCGAGUUAGUGGAUCCGCUUCGGAUUUAGCGAAACUGAAAAAAUCAUUCGAAACAAAUGCCUACGAAGCUGAGCAACUUCUUAAAGAUGUUGAUAUACAUUCUGUAACCGGUAUAUUAAAAUUUUAUUUACGUGAGCUGCCAGAGGCUUUGUUCACCGAUGUAUUAUAUCCAAAGUUUUUUGAAACGUUCAGUCGUUUCAGUAACAACAAUGAAACCGAACGUAUCAAUGAACUGUUAAUAGUGUUUGAAGAUUUACCCACUGCCAAUAAGGCUUCUAUCAAUCACAUUUUAGAUCAUUUAAUUAGAGUGCACCAUCAAGAGGCGGACAAUAAAAUGUCUUUACAUAAUUUAGCCAUGGUUUUCGGUCCGACUUUGCUGCGUCCAGGCGCUUCACAAAUCAAACAAAAAGAUCUGUUGGCAUCCAGCACGGUAGAUGUUAUGGCUCAGGCAGGCAUCCUCUAUUGUUUUCUACAAGCUCGCAUUAAAAAGCCUAAAGAAUAAAUUAAAAAAAAAAAGCACUAACUUGCACGAUUAUUUAGGCAUUUAAUGCCGUAAUUUUAAGCAGAGUUAAAAAAACAAAAAGAAAAACAGAAACGAUAAAUACUAUUUUUGUAUGGUGUGCGUUCAAAAAGAAACGCUUUUUUGUAAAUAAUAGUUCUCUUCCUUUAGCAGGCAUUUAUUUCUUGCACUAAAGCUUUGCUGUUUAUUCAAUCAGUUUUAACUAUAAAAUCAAAAUUACAAAAUUCCUGCUUCUAGCAUUAUAAAUUUGAUUAAUUGAAAAGAAAAAGAAAAGAA